AUGUCCCGGAAAACAGUUAGCAGGAAGCGGAAGGCGGCGGCUGCCGCCGAGGGGCCCGAGGGGCUCGAAGGAGAGCAGUGUGGAUGGGAUCACCAUGUUCGCAAAAGGAAAAGACUGACCCCAGUGAAAAGGUCUAUGGUGUACUACCUGAAAGGCAGAGAAAUCAGGAUGCAGAAUGAGUCCAGCUAUAGCCGUGUGUUGCAUGGAUAUGCAGCCCAGCAGCUACCCAACCUCCUGAAAGAGAGACAGUUUCAUCUUGGAACCCUUAAUAAAGUGUUUGCCUCCCAGUGGCUCAACCACCGACAAGUGGUGUGCGGGACAAAAUGCAACACAUUGUUUGUAGUAGAUAUCCAGACUGGUCAAAUCACCAAGAUUCCUAUUCUGAAAGAUCGUGAACCUGGCGUGGUGAACCAGCAGGGAUGUGGUAUUCAUGCCAUUGAGCUCAAUGCCUCAAGGACCCUUCUGGCCACAGGUGGAGACAACCCAAACAGUCUUGCAAUUUAUCGUCUGCCUACACUCGACCCUGUCUGUGUGGGAGAUGAUGGACAUAAGGACUGGAUAUUUUCAAUUGCAUGGAUCAGUGAUACUAUGGCUGUUUCAGGUUCCCGGGAUGGUUCGAUGGGCCUUUGGGAAAUCACAGAGGAUGUGUUGUCCAAAAGUGAUGCCAGGCAUAAUCUCUCUCAAGUUCCUGUCUAUGCCCACAUAACACACAGGGCUCUGAAGGAUAUCCCCAAGGAGAACAACAAUCCUGACAACUGCAAAGUCCGAGCACUGGCUUUCAACAAUAAGAACAAGGAGCUGGGAGCUGUGUCCCUAGAUGGGUAUUUUCAUCUCUGGAAAGCAGAGCACACACUGUCAAAGUUACUUUCCACGAAGUUGCCAUACUGCCAGGAGAAUGUGUGUUUGGCUUAUGGUCAGGAGUGGUCAGUGUAUGCAGUGGGAUCACAGGGACAUGUCUCCUUUCUGGAUCCCAGGCAGCCUCCUCACAGUGUUAAAUCCAUCUGUUCCAAAGAACGAGGCAGUGGUAUUCGAUCAGUGAGCUUCUAUGAGCACAUCAUCACAGUGGGAACAGGGCAAGGUUCCUUAUUGUUUUAUGACAUCAGAGCCCAGAGGUUCCUGGAUGAAAAGCCCCCACGUGUCUGCUACAAACAGAAUGAGGAAUUGGGAGGAAGUGAAAUUCUCAAGUUGACUACUGGGAAAGGCUGGCUGAAUCAUGACGAAACCUGGAGGAAUUAUUUUUCUGACAUAAAUUUCUUCCCAAAUGCUGUUUACUCCCACUGCUACGACUCGUCUGGAACGAAACUCUUUGUGGCAGGAGGCCCUCUUCCAUCAGGACUUCAUGGGAAUUAUGCUGGUGUCUGGAGCUAAUAACUCUUUAUAAAUGCUGAUCUUUACCCAGAUUUCCACUUUUCUUUUCCUUUUGUAACAACAAAGUUGUGUGAUGCUAUUGAUUUCUGAUUUAAAUGCAAGUUAUUUUUUGGCAGAGUUCUCUGUUGGUCUCCAACAGUUUUGUACAUCUUUUUGAACCAAUUUUUUGCUUUAGCCUUCUUUAUCCUUUAUAUGAAGGGUUUUUGAAAUCCCUUUUUACUGUAUUUACUCCAAAUGACUCUUCCCCCAGAUUUAGGCUAUCAUGGCCAUGUGCCCCCUGCCCUACUUUGCUGUGAGGUAGGAUUCCUUUCUUAUAGAGUGGUUGCUUCUGGGCUUUCUGUGAAAGUCUAGGGGCUGUGUGUGUGCAGGUACUUUGUGUCAGUUACAUUACCUGAAGUGAGAACUACUUGUAAGUAAAAAAUAUAAAAAAUAUUUAUAAGAGAUAAGCUACUACUUUAUCUGCAGAACCUGGCCCAGGCCUGGGUUGAUCUUAUUUUUUAAAAGUACAAGUCGAAUGACACUGUUUAUACAUAGAGGAUUACGAUAACUUUAAGCUGUACUUAGUAGAGCCUA